GUAGACGACGACUAUGCAGUGUUUCGUUUGGAAAUAACUCAAAGCCAGAAAGAAAACAGGGUAAUACGGAGGAAACUACAGCUACUUGAACUGAAGGUGGCACGGGAGCGCGCAGAGAAGACAAUGCGAGAGCGCGCCCUCACCAGUAGUGUAAAGGUCCUCGACCGAUACAGAGGAAUGGCAAGAGGCGAAGGACAUCUCACUGGAGGCCACAGGAACUUUGUGAAGCCAGUGGGCCACAAUACAUGGAGAAAUGACCAACCCGUAGCUGUAGAUGAAGGGAGUGGAACCUCAACCCAGCACAUUAUCAUAAUAGAGUCUGCAGAUGCAGAGGCUGCAGGUUCUGAGGUCGAGCAGGAGAGAUCUGAAGGAGAGGAGAACCCACGGCACAGCAGAGACAUCCAGACUGGAGCAGCUGGAGUGCCCUAUGAAGCCACAGAGGACCCCACCACCGCUGCCGCUGCUCACGAGCCAAGAAACCGACGCAGCAUCACGGAGGAAGAGGAGGGUCCAGAGGUACUGCUGGUGAAGGAGGAGGGGUUUGAGGAGGGUCUGGGUAACCCUGAGGAGACCAUGGUCAUGGAGGACAACCAGACUACACCUCCUCCUGAACCCACAGAGGAACCAGCUGAGCAGCACAGGACCACACACAGUCUCACUGAGUCAGUAGACAUGGAGGAUGGGAAGCCUGAUCUGCAGCUGCUCAAAGUGGAGACAAUAGAGGACAGACCAGAGAGUGGACUAAAGAUGUGGGAUCAAGGUGGUUGGCUGGAGGCUAACAGAAGAGACUGGGCGGCCAUCUUAGAUUCCCAGACUGUUGCAGCCAAGGUCCCUGGGGACGGCAUCACCGUGCAGGCCAGGACCAGAGGCGACAUAGCGGAGUCUGCAGUCCAUGAGGACCUGCUGAUAUCCGGUGUUGCUGGCGGGAGAGACUGGACCUCUGAGGUGGCUGGUCAUAAACCCUGGCCCCAGAUCAGGACCCUGGAUGAGAAGCUUUCGCUCUUCCUUCCCGAGUCAGAACCAGGACCCAACCACGAGGGACAGAGACUCCACUACCACACAGAACACAACCAGUGGACAGGUGGACUGAACAACCUCAGUCCUGGUGGUCAUCAGAGAGACAGAGGCUCCAGUCAGGGAUCCAGUCUGCAGCCCAGAACCUUCUCUCCACAGUCUCAGUGCAGGGAUGGAGCAGGUCCUGGGGCUGAUAGAGAUAGACCCUCCUGUUCCUAUGAUACAAACACCACAGUAUCCAUGAUGAACAGAGCAGGUCACCCUGGGCUUCAGCCUUCAGAGAGAGUGGUGGGAGACCCCCCUGGUGGUAGUCUAUCAGGAAGUCUGUCGUCCCCUUCAGGAUCUUGUCUAAUGCUUAGUGACUGUGUUCAUAGAAAGCCUGGACCUGGGUCUAGCUUUCCUCAGUUACCUCAUGGUUACCCCACCAAUACAGACCGGGUCAGGAUGGGUGUUCACCACAAGAGGUAUCUAGCCUAUAACACAGCACACAAUCCCAAUAACACCCCAACAAUGGCUAGAGGUCAAGGAGGGAGCUUAAACACUAACCACCUGAGGGUGAUGGCUCCUGCUUCUACCUCCUCUGGUGUCAAUGGGUCACAACGUGGGAGGCCGAGUAUUAGGACAGACGCUGACAAGCCAUACGCCUGCCCCACGUGUGGGAAGCGCUUUACUGAGUCGAACUAUGUGAAGAGGCACCAGACCGUUCACACCAAGGAGAGGCCCUUCAAGUGCAAACGAUGUUACAAGAGCUUCUCCUUCCUGAGUAGCCUUAUCAGACAUAGGAGUGUCCACAAUGUGGAACAAUUGUAGCAGUGUGGCUUGAGAUGUACACCAGGGAUAUCUGGGAGCCAUUCUUUAGCUUAGCAAUUCUCAACUGGUGGGUCACAGGGAGGUUUGACAUGGGUCGCAGGUGUCUGAGUAAAAAAAAAUGUAUAUACAUAUAUAUAUAUAUAUAUGUACACAGUUGAAGUCGGACGUUUACGUACACUUAU